AUGUCCUCCACCUCGAACGUGGAGACAUUGGAGCCGUCGGACCUGCCACUCUUAAGUCUUCCCGACUCUUUCCGCCAGCGCUCGGACGUGGAGACAUUGGAGGUGGAUGACCUGCCGCUUUCAAGUCUUCCCGACUCUUCCCGCCGACGCUUGGCUGUGGGGACAUUGAAGGUGGAGGACCUGACAUUCUCAAGUCUUCCCGGCUUUUCCCGCCAGACUUGCCACUCUCUAGUCUUCCCGGCUCUUCCUGUCGUACCUGCCACUGUCAUGGCUUCCGACUCCUUUCGUCGGCGCUCGGCCAUGGAGACAUUGGAGGUGGAUGACCUGCCACUGUCAAGUCUUCUUGAAUCUUCCCACCGGCGCUCGACCGUGGAGAUAUUGGCGGUGCAGUACCUGCCGGUUGACUCGAGACAUUGGAGUCUUCCCGACUCUUCUUGUUGGCGCUUGGCCGUAGGGACAUUGGAGGUGGAGGACAUGCCAACGGCUCCUGACCGAGGAGACAUCGGAGGAGGAGGACCUGCCAUACUCAAUUCUUUCCCACUCUUUCCGCCGACGCCCAGCCGUGUAGACAUUGGAGGUGCAGGACCUGCCACUUCACAGGAGACAUUGGAGGUGGAGGACCUGCUUCUUUCAAUUCUUGCCGACUCUUCCCGCUCGGCCGUGGGGUCAUUAGAGGUGAAUGAACUGCCACAUUCAAGUCUUCUCGAUUCUUUCCGCCCGACCCGCCACAUUCAAGUCUUCCCAACUCUUCCAGCCGAUCCUGCCACUCUCAAGUCUUCCCAACUCUUCCCGACGGCGCUCGGACGUGGAGACAUAAGAGUUGGAAGACCUUCCACUCUCCUGGAGACAUUGGAGGUGGAGGACCUGCCACUCUCAAGUCUUCCCGACUCUUCCCCCCUGCCCUCGGCCGUGGGGACAUUGGACGUGGAGAACCUGCCUCAUUCAAGUCUUCUCAACUCUUCCCGUCGGCUUUAA